CCAAAUUUAACAAUCCACCCGCCUAAUUUCAACGAACCCUCGUAAAUUAAACCACAACAACUGCCACUUUUCACCACCCUAACAGCAACCCAAACCGAAACAUCUUAAACCAGCCGUCCUACCGUCCCAGAGGAAGAGAAGGAUCUUCGAAAAGGUCCCUAAUUCGCGAGACCUUUCAAUAAUAUGCUCUAAUACCACUACACCUGUAGACUCGUAUAGCCUUUCACCGUUUCUUUUAUCCAAUUCAACAACUUUCAUCAUUUUUUUAAUUUCAGAUCCAGGGAGAUAUAGCUUAAAAAACUAUUCUCGGGGUCUCUAAUUCAACAAAACGGAAUUCAGGGGUUCCCGCUUGAUGAAUGCGACGUCGUGAAGUAGCUGAGUCUUCGACGUCGACAUUGGAGAGCGGUGACGUGGCGAGUUGUAAAAAAAAGUCGUUUCGAUAUUGAAGUUGCAGUUCUAGCAUGGAGGAUCACAAGUCAAAUGAGCUGCUGAUACUAUACGCCUCGCAAACCGGCAACGCAUUGGACGCCGCCGAACGUGUUGGCCGUGAAGCCGAGCGCAGGGGUUGCUCCGUUGUUAUUCGUUCCAUGGACGACUUUGAUGCUGGAUCCUUGCCUCAAGAGGACACUGUAAUCUUUGUUGUUUCUACCACAGGCCAGGGAGAUACUCCAGAUUCAAUGAAGGUGUUUUGGAGGUUUCUUCUGCAAAAGACCUUGAGUAAGCAAUGGCUGAAAGGUGUUCAUUAUGCUGUAUUUGGAUUGGGUGAUUCUGGCUACCAGAAAUAUAAUUUUGCUGCAAAAAAGCUUGAUAAUAGACUUUCAGAUCUUGGAGCUAUGGCUGUCGUUGAACGAGGUUUAGGAGAUGAUCAGCAUCCUUCUGGCUAUGAAGGUGCUUUGGAUCCAUGGAUGCUAUCUUUGUGGAGUAGGUUGUAUCAAGUCAAUUCCUCAUUCUUCCCACAAGGUCCAGAUUUUGCGGUACCAGACACAAAAUUAAUUGAUCGACGAAAAGUUUACAUCACAUAUCAUAACAUUAGCAAUGCAGAUUCCCAUAUAUCUAUUGCCUCAGAUUUGAAAGGUAUUCAGACAAAAAUUGAGGCCGCGCGUUCCAUGUCUUCUGGAAAUCUCUCCAGUUACAAGAAUAGGCCUGAUUGCUUUCUUAAAAUGGUUAAAAAUCAACAAUUGACUAGAGAAGGGUGUGGAAAGGACGUGCGUCACUUUGAAUUUGAAUUUGUUUCAGAGGUUAUUGAAUAUGAAGUUGGUGAUGUUGUUGAGGUUCUCCCUUCUCAGGACCCUGCUGCAGUCAAUGCUUUCAUACAGCGUUGUAACUUGGAUGCAGAAGCAUUUAUCACCGUUCAUUAUAGAGAGAGAAAUAACAAUCUUCCUACUAUAGAAAUCCCUAUAAAAUUAAAAACUUUUGUGGAAUUGACUAUGGAUGUGGCAUCAGCUUCCCCUAGACGCUAUUUCUUUGAGGUUAUGAGUUUUUUCGCAACAGCUGAACAUGAAAAGGAAAGACUUCAAUAUUUUGCCUCACCUGAAGGAAGAGAUGAUCUGUACAAAUACAACCAGAAGGAAAGAAGAACUGUUCUGGAGGUAUUAGAGGAUUUCCCGUCGGUGCAAAUGCCAUUUUAUUGGCUAGUGCAGUUGGUUCCUCCAUUAAAAACAAGGGCUUUCUCCAUUUCUUCUUCCCUUUUGGCUCACCCCAAUCAAGUGCACUUGACUGUCAGUGUCGUGUCAUGGAUGACACCUUAUAAGAGGAAGCGGAGGGGUCUCUGCUCAACGUGGCUUGCAAGUCUUGAUCCUCAACAAGGAACAUACAUUCCAUCAUGGUUUCAUAAAGGUUGUCUUCCACGGCCAGCACAAUCAACUCCCCUCAUUCUUGUUGGGCCUGGAACUGGAUGUGCGCCAUUUCGUGGAUUUGUAGAGGAAAGAGCCAUUCAAUCUCUGACUGGUCCAACUGCUCCAAUUAUCUUCUUCUUUGGUUGCCGAAACAACGAGAAUGACUUUUUGUACAGAGAUUUUUGGUUGUCUCAUUCAGAAAACAAUGGGGUACUUUCAGAAGCAAAGGGUGGAGGAUUUUAUGUUGCCUUCUCAAGAGACCAAGCAAAGAAAAUUUAUGUUCAGCAUAAGAUGCAGGAACAUGGUCUGAGAAUUUGGAAUUUGCUGCUUGAGGGGGCAUCUAUAUAUAUUGCCGGCUCAUCAACCAAAAUGCCCUCCGAUGUUUGGGCAGCCUUUGAGAAAAUUGGAUCGGAAGAAAGUGGCGCUCCAAAGGACUCUGCUGCAAUCUGGCUUAAGUCUUUGCAAAGGGCCGGUAGAUACCAUGUUGAAGCAUGGUCCUGAACUAUGCUUUUAUUUAUAUAUUUUCUUUAGGUUAUCGGCUAUCCUUCGAAUGUGAAAGUGAAAGGUAAAGGAGAUAUUAUAGAGUAUCGUAGAAAGGUUGGGUAAUAAUAAUAGGUAAAUAUUGUAAAAUGGCGAAAACAAACAGUGCAGAUUUGUCAUGGGCUAGAAUUUUCGACCGGCCGUGCAGAACCUUGAGCUGUGACAGGAGUCUUCUCGGAGGGAAUAUUUAUUUGUCCAUUGCUAAGAUUAGGCUUUUAAGUUUUAUUGUUGUAAGCCUGAACUCAGGUUCGUUAUUCAGUUUUCAUUAUUCAGUUCAGAAAUUGUUAAAGUUAUAUUUUGGACUGAUAUGGAAGAUUCUGUCUUUUUUAUCAUUA